AUUUCAACUUCAAUAAUGCUAUCGAUCGUUUUGCUUAGCGUUUUGCUGAAUGUCGGUGUUUUCAGCUAUGACGAGACGAAGUUUUUGGAUCACUCUUUAAACAACUCCCUGAACUUACAAUUAAAUAAUAGUUAUGCUUGUGACAGUGCAUUAAUAAGUUUAACCAGUUUGGAGAAGUUUAACUUGUUUGAUGCCAGUGCCAAAAUUCCAAAUGGUAUUUUCAGCUUGAACUUAUUUGAUCUUGGAAGUUUCGAUGAGUGUCUGGAGUUUAAAGCUGCCACAUUAGAGGAUGUUUAUGGGAAGUAUUGUUUGGGGUCGGUUGUUGUGGAUCCCACAAAGUUGUAUUCACAGUUUAAUAAAACUUUGUAUCCCAAACUAAAAGAGGCCACUUCGACAUUAGUCUUCAAAUUGGGGUACUGCCUUUUGGACGUGUGCAGUACGGAAGACUUUCAAAGAAUAUUACCUUGGGCAACUUUUACAGACACUUUGUGCUACGCCAAAAGGGAUAAAGUCCAAUUUGAUGCAGUGGAUGCAACAGCCAUAUCAAUAUUUUCCAUAAUAGCUUCCAUUGUCAUCCUAUCAACGAUUUACGACGUUUACUUAUUCUAUCAGCAACAACAAAAACCUUGGCAUACAUUACUGGUGGCCUUUUCACUUUGGACGAACGGCAGGAAAAUAUUGCACACCUCCUCCAACUCAAACCAACUAACCUGCAUAAGCGGCAUAAAGGCUUUGAGCAUGGUAUGGAUAGUUUACGCCCACGUAAACUUAUACCUACUCUACUUCGCAGUCGACAACAUCAAAUACAUGUCAGCAUUCUCCAAAAGCCGAAACAACAUGCACUUAAUGUCCGCCACUUUGACCGUCGACACCUUCUUCGCCGUUGGAGGGUUGCUCUUGACCUACACCUUCCUGAAGUCCCAAAAGCUGAAGACGUUCAACGUGGGCAUGUUUUAUUUCCACAGAUACCUGAGACUGACUCCACCUUUUGCUGCGGUCGUCUUUUUCCACGCCUCAAUUUUUAAGUAUAUUGGAAGUGGGCCCUUGUGGGGGAGUGUGUAUGCUCUUCAGCAGCCCUGCCGCGACUACUGGUGGUCUUCCUUACUCUACAUACAAAAUUUCAUCAACGUUAACAACAUGUGUACUGGACAGUCUUGGUAUUUGAACGCUGACAUGCAGAUAUAUUUGUUCACUCCAAUUAUUUUAGUACCCUUGGUAAAAUGGCCCAAAUAUGCCUUGGGUGCUUUAUUGGGGUUAGCAGUAGCUGGUGUUGUAGUUCCUUUUGGAAUAUCUUAUGGAUUAGACCUGCAAUCAUCUUUGGCUGCUGAAGACAGGGAUAAUAUGAAUGACUACAUGGAUUACUAUUAUCUCCAAGCUUACGCCAGGUUUGGGCCUUAUGUUAUUGGUAUGAUUUUUGGUUACUUCAUCUACUUAGUCAAACAUAGGGAUGAGAAAACCAUAAAAUGGAACAGACCACUGGUCAUCUUCUCCUGGUUGGUUGCCUUAGGAGGGCUUCUGGCCUGCUCUUACGGUAAUGGUGAGAUGUUUACAGGCCUAACAACAGACGUAUGGUCCAAGUCAUUCCACAAUGGGCUUAACAGAAAUGCCUGGGCUUUAGCCAUCUGUAUCAUAGUUAUGCUGUGCAGCUUAGGAUAUGGAGGUCCCAUUAAUGCCUUCCUGUCGUUGCCACUAUUUCAAAUAGUUGCCAAACUGUCAUAUUCUAUUUAUUUGCUGCACAUAACUGUAAUAGAAUCGAGGCUCAUGAAUAACAAAAUUAUUGAACACUUUUCAGAAAUGAGUGUUAUUUCAACGUUUUGGGGGGACUUUAUGAAUACUUUAAUCAUUUCCUUCUUCCUGAGCACCAUUUUUGAGUCUCCAAUAAUUGUUAUAGAAAAAGUCCUCUUUGGAAAGAGCAAAAAGAAGGAAGUUGAUGGUGAUACAAUAAAACACCAGCUGAAACCGUCAACGAAAAAAUGGCACAGUGAACUCCCCUUUUAUCGAGAAGCAAUAAAAAUGUUUUAUUUGCCGUUGGCAAAGAAAUAUUACCGGCUGAGCACGAAGGAAGCAGGAAGCACCGGAGUGUUAACAUUGAUCUUAACUUUGAUGGGGGUAGAUAUGAGGAUUUUGAAUGCUUUCCUUUGCACCUGGCUGAGUGUGGGUGCUUUAAAGUUUGAUGGGAAGUUUUUGAAUUUCUCAUUGGGCAACAUAAAAGAGUUACAUUUAGACAAAAGAUAUACGUGUGAUAAGACGCUUAUAGAUCUAAGCGACUUGGAGAGGUUUCAAUUGUUAGAUGCAAGUGCCAAAAUUCCAAAUGGAAUAUUCAAGGGGAACUUGUAUGAUUUUGGAAGUUUCGAAGAAUGCUUAGAUUUUGAAGCUACUUCUGUAAAAAAUGUCCAAGGAAAAUAUUGUUUGGGAUCGAUCCAUGUGGAUCCCAAACUAUAUUCACAGAUUGAUAAGAAUUUCUCUGCUCAAACGUUCAAAAUGGGGUACUGCCUUUUGAAUAUUUGCACCAAGCAGGACUUCCAAAGGAUUUUAUACUGGGCCACUUUCAAAGACACGUGGUGCUACAAGAAGAGUGAUCCAGUUAUUGUGGAUGCAGUGGACAUUACAGCCAUAUCAAUAUUUGCCCUAAUUGCUUUCAUUGUCACCUUAUCAACGUCUUAUGACAUCUUCUUGUUCUACCGAAAGAAACAACCAAAGUAUGCAGUACUGGUGGCGUACUCACUUUGGACGAACGGCAGGAAAAUAGUGCACACCUCCACAAACCCAAACCAACUAACCUGCAUAAACGGCAUGAAAACUUUGAGCAUGGUAUGGAUUGUUUACGCCCACGUAAACUUAUACUUACUCUAUUUCGCAGUCGAUAACCUCGAAGACAUGGCCGAAUAUUCCAAAAACCAAUUCAACAUGCACUUAAUGGCCGCCACCUUAACUGUCGACACCUUCUUUGCCAUGGGGGGGUUGCUUUUGACCUACACCUUUCUGAAGUACCAAAAAGUGGACAAGUUCAACUUUGCCGUGUUUUACUUGCACAGAUACCUAAGGCUGACUCCGACUUUUGCUGCUGUCAUUUUGUUUCACGCCUCCAUUUUUAAGUUUAUGGGAAGUGGGCCUUUGUGGGGUAAUGUUUAUGAGCUACAGCAACCUUGUCGUCGUUACUGGUGGUCUUCUCUGCUCUACAUUCAAAAUUUUGUCAACGUUGAUAACAUGUGUGUUGGACACUCUUGGUAUUUGAAUGCUGAUAUGCAGAUAUACAUGUUCACCCCAAUUAUUUUAAUUACUUUGGCAAAGUGGCCUAAAUAUGCCUUGGGUGUUUUAUGUGCUUUGGCAGCUGCAGGAAUUGGAGUUCCUUUUGGAAUUUCCUAUGGGUUGGACCUACAAUCUUCCAUGGCGGCUGUAGACAGAGGCAAUAUGGCUAACUUCAUGAAUUACUAUUACGUCCAAGCCUAUGCCAGAUUUGGACCUUACGUUAUUGGUAUGAUUUUUGGUUACGCCAUCUACAAAAUCAAACAAAGAGAGACUGAAAGCCCCAAAUGGAAGAAAUGGCUGGUCUGCAUCUUGUGGUUGGUUGCCCUGGGCAUAAUUUUGGGCUGCACUUACGGCAACGGCGUAAUGUUUACGGGUCACACAACCGAUAUUUGGUCCAAAUCGUUCCACAACGGUUUGACCAGAAACGCGUGGGCGUGGGCCAUCUGCCUCGUUAUUUCUCUGUGCAGUUUAGGAUAUGGAGGACCCAUCAAUGCAUUCCUGUCGAUGCCGUUGUUCCAUAUAGUUGCCAAGCUGUCCUAUUCUAUUUAUUUGUUGCACAUUGUUGUGAUAGAACUAAGACUGAUGAAUAAUAAAAUGGUUGAGCACUUUUCUGCAUCAAAUAUUAAUCAAGCCUUUUGGGGUGAUUUUAUAUAUACUUUAAUUUUUUCGUUUUUCGUCUGUGCUAUUUUUGAAAGUCCGAUAAUUAUUAUUGAAAAACUUAUACUUGGUAGAUACGAAGAAGAAUCAAAUAAAACAUGAUAAAAGCAAGUUUGUGAUAUUUGUGAUUUAUGUAAAAUUUUUAAUUAUAUAUUGUCAUUUACAACUAAUUAUAUUUUUAUCUAGA